GGAAGCUCGAUGCUCAUCAUUUGGAGACUCCUCCUGUCAGGUCAUUUUGGCUACGAAGGCAAAGGUGGAAACGAGUACUCUUUCGGCUACCGGAGCGGGCUGUUGGGCUAAGAUUCCAAAUGAAAUCAUUUGAGAGUAUUGAUUCUGCUAUUCCAAGGUCCAGUGGUGAUCUCUGGGCAGAAAUCUGUUCCUGUUUGCCAAAUCCUGACCAGGGGGAUGACCCCAAAGAUGCCUUCUCUGAUUCCUUCAUGGAUUUAUCUUCUGGAGGUGAGAAUCAGAGAGAAGCUGCAGACUUGACUGUUAGGCCAAACCUAAAGCCUUGGGCUCCGUUGCAGGAUUCAGAAGUGUAUCUAGCAUCUCUAGAGAAGAAACUAAAAAGAAUUAAGGGUUUAAGCCAGGAAGUGACUUCCAAGGACAUGCUUCGUACCCUUGCUCAGGCCAAGAAAGAAUGCUGGGAUCGAUUCCUUCAGGAGAAAUUAGAAUCUGAGUUCUAUAUGGAGGGUCUUGAGUCUGAUGAGAGUACUUUGGAACAUUUCAAGAGGUGGCUGCAGCCAGACAAAGUGGCUAUCAGUGCUGAAGAGAUACAGUACCUGAUUCCGCCAGAGUCACAGUCUGAGAAGCCCGGGGAGGAGCCAGCAGCCGUGGAACAAUAAACCACACACACCACGCAGCUGUCACAGGUCCCCAGAGACCAGUGGAGUUCUCAGCAGCAAGUAAUGAAAGGAGAGUUGAAGGUUAAAAAAAAAAAAAAAAAAAAAAAAGAGAAGCAGUCCAAAUUUCUACUCUGCAAAGCAAACAGCUGCAGGCCUCCAAAGACCUGCUUAGGAUCUAGCAUAUGUGAUUGCCUUGGAUGAAGUGACUGGUCCUGUGCAUACUGGACCCAAAUAUUGCUUUUCUCUCUGUUGUUUUGCAGCUCUUCCAUGCCCUGAAGCUUCAGGUUAGAUCACUGUUAGUAAUCUGAUGAAGGACCAAGCAUGGAAAAUGUUUGGAGAAAUUGAUGCCCUAGGCUUGAAUGGACAAAUUAUGUGAACUUUUUUUCCUUCCUUCAUGGGUAAACAAACUCAGAGCUCUCAUAUUGCUGGUUGUAUCCCUACAUGGCAAAAGAUUUCUGUUUAAACCUAUCAGACACAAUGUUUCCUGUUUAUGUUCCAAACACCUCUAUAAAUUUUGUAAGGGCACAGGGGAGGAAAAAGUCUACCUCCUCACAUAUCAGCCCCUCUCAGUAUGCUCUGCAGUGAUAUUAAAUAAUACCCCUACCUGACAUAUGUAUUAUGCUUCAUGGUUAUUAAAGCCCACCCACUUAAGUUAUCUUACCUGAUCCUCACCACAGCCCUGUGAACUAGAUAAAGCAUAAGUUGUUAUUCCUAUUUUAGAGUUGAGGGGGUGUCUUUUGCCCAGGAUCCUAUCUAGUAAGUAUUAAAGCUAUGACUAUCAUCCGGAUCUUCUUAUCCUAAAUCCAAUCCUUUUUUUUUUUUUUUUUUUCUGAGGCAAUUGGGGUUAAGUGACUUGCCCAGGCUCACACAGCUAGGAAGUGUUAAGUGUUUGAGGCCAGAUUUGAACUCAAGUUCUCCUGACUUCAGGGCUGGGGUUCUAUCCACUGCACUACCUAGCUGCCCCCAAUUCUUUUUUUCAUUAAAUGCUUUUUCACUAAAAGAUGAAGUGGCAGAAUCCUGAAGGAAAAGGAUUUUUUUUCCUAUUGCCUUAUUUAUUUUUGUAAUAGGUUUAGAAUGGGGAGAAUAUUGAGAAUAUAUGUAUGUAAGUAUGAGUAUCUUUCUAUUUCAUUUUUUCAGCUGUCUUAUUAAAAAUUCUAAGUUCUAAAUCACAUUUUAAGAUGAUUUUUAGUAUUUGGUUGGUAUUACAACUGAAAAGUUUUGUUUUUGUACCUCUGGCUCUCCUGAGCCAUAAGCUUUUUUUUGUGUUUAAAUUGUUUUGAUUUGGUAUAUACUGACCAUAAAAAGCUUUUCCCAUCUUAAUACCUAUUUAUAUGUAUCAUAUUUCUCAUGGCUACUUUCAGGGAGAGAAAAAAGGAAAAAAAAUGCACGAAGCAACAGAAUUGGUGCCUGCAUUGCCUGUGACCUUCUAUUUAAUGAGUAUUCUUCUAGCAUUAUAAACCUCAGGUCGUCUUUAUGGGCAGUGUUGCUUUUGCUGCCAGAGCUCCACAGUCUAAUUCAGGCAUUGAACUAAGGUAAUUGGUACCUUGAUAAUUGGUACCAAAUUCAGAUGGAAAAGAGUGUUGUAAAAACCAUUGAUUGUUCCUCAAUUGAAUGCUUGGUCUGAAAGAAAAGAACCUUGGCUAUACUCAGAAUUUUAAAUUUCUUGAACAGCCUUUGGAAAUAUUUGUUCCUUUUUAAUUAGUGAUACAUAUUUUGGUCAGGGAAAGUUUAGGAACUGUUUUUUAACCAGCAGGCUUCAUUCAGUUUGGUAACUUAGUAUCCAUGACAGAUCCAGAGAGAUGUGCCAUAGUGUCUGUAAAUUCCAAGGAAACUGGAAUUGGCUCCUGGGAUUGCUGUAAGGAAUAUAAAGGAAAAUCAUCUCUUUGAUGAUUUUCAACAUCUUACCUAUGCUUUGUGGUUAUCUGUUGGCCUUACAAUAAAUAGAUGGAUUUUUGUUUUUAAGGUUUUAUAUUUUAUCAUUUUGAGAAACAGUACCUUUUUUUUUUCUUGGUGACAAUUAUUUUAAAAAAUCAGAGAAGGGGGACAGCUUGUUGGUAUAGUGGAUACACACUAGCCCUGAAAUCAGGAGGACCUGAGUUCAAACCUGGCCUCAAACACUUAAUACUUCGUGGUUAUAUGAUUCUGGGCAAGUCACUUAAUCCCAAUUGCCUCAGCCAAAAAAAAAAAAAAAAAAGUCAGAGAAGAAGAAGGUUGUCACUAAUAGCUAGAACACCCAGAGAAAGUGUUGCUUUCUAGGAAAUAGGAAACUAGUUGAAUAGUAUCUUUACAACUCAAGCAAAAAUCCAUCACUGUCUUUUUCCUACUCUUUGGCAUAUUUAAAAAAAAACAAAAGGAAAUUUUUUUUAAAAAUGUAAAUAAUAUUUUAUUUUUUCCAAUCACAUAUAAAGAUAGUUUUCAGCAUUUUUAUUUUUUUAAAGAUUUAGAGUUCCAAUUUUUUCUCCCUCCCUUUCUCCCUUCUCCUCUCCCCAAGAUGGCAGGCAAUCUGAUAUAGGGUAUAUUUGUACAAUCAUGUUAAGAAUACAUCCAGAUUAAUCAGUUUGUGAAAGAAGAAAUAGAACCAAAGGGAAAAAAGCACAAACAUCCCAAAUUAAGUGAAAAUAGUAUGUUUUGAUCUGCAUUCAGAUUCUAUUUCUCUGGAUAUGGAUAGCAGUUUCCAUCAUUUGGCUUUAGAAUUGUCUUGGAUCAUUGCAUUGCUGAGAAGAGCAAAGUCUAUCAUAGUUGAUCAUUGCAACAAUGUUGCUCUUACUGUGUACAAUGUUUUCUGAUUCUGCUCACUUUACUCAGAACCCGUUCACGUAAGUCUUUACAAGUUUUUCUGAAUUCUGCCUAUGCAUCAUUUCUUAUAGUAUAAUAGUAUUCCAAUAUAUUCACAUAUCACAACUUGUUUAGCCAUUAAUAGGCAUUCCCUCAAUUUCUAAUUCUUUGCUGCCAACACAAAAAGAGCUGCUAUAAAUAAUUUUAUUCAUAUAGGUUCUUUUUUCAUUUUUAUGAUUUGUUUGAGCCAGCAGUGGUAUUGCUGGAUCAAAGGGUAUGCACAGAUUGAUUGCCCUUUGGACAUGGUUCCAAAUUUCUCUCCAGAAUGUUUGGAUCAUUUCACAACUCCACCAAUAAUACAUUAGUGUCCCAAAUUCCCCACAUCUUCUCCAACAUUUAUAAUUUUCCAAAAGAAAAAUUCUUGAGAAUGGGAAGAUAGAAGUAUCUGGGAUGUUUUGCUUUAUAUACAGAUUUAGUAGUUGGAGCAGACAUUGAAGAAAGAGCCAGGUGAUUUUAAAAAAUGUUUUAUUAAUGCUUUUAAAAAAUACUCACUGUUUCUUCCCACUGACUUCCCAUACUUAACUGAGUAGACCCCUCCAUCAUUAAAAAAAAAAAAAGUUUAGUCAAACAAAAUUGAAUUAGUACAGAGGCUAUAUCUGAAAAUGUAUGCUUCAUUCCACACCUUUGCUUCUCUGCUGAGAAUUAUGAUUGGUCACUUCUGCAUUAAUCAAAAUUUUGAAGUCUUUUAAUAUUUUUUCCUUCACAUUAUUGCAGGCUUGGUUCUGCUUACUUCAUUACCAUUUCAUACAAGUCUUCCCAAGUUUGUCUGAAUUCUUAAGUAUUCACUUCUUAAGAUACAAUAAUAUUUUACCACAUUCAUAUGCCAUCAUUUGUUUAAGUCAUUCCCCAGUGGAUGGGUUCUUCUUUUAUUUUCAGUUUUUUAAUACAAAUAUGCUGCUAUAAAUAUUUUUGUAUAUUUGUGAAACAUCUUCCUCUGUCUUUCACAUUCUUGGGUUAUGUGCCUUGUAGUGAUAUUAGGUAUAAUUCCAAAUUGUUUCCUAGAAUAAUUGGAUGAUUCUCCACUUCAUGUAACAAUGCGUUUAUGUGCCAGUCUUCCUACAGCUCAUUGAUCAUUUUCAUCUAUCAUAGGAUCAAAGAAUCAUACAUUUAUAACUGAUGAGUCCUCAGAGUAUCUUUUUCAAUCCCCUCUGUCCUUUUUUAUAGAUGAAACUAAGGCCUAGAGAUGUAUAUUUACUUGACUAAGGUCAUGCAGUUAAAUAAGUGUUCAGUUGAAAUUUGAACCCAGAUCCUCUGACUCCAAAUCUAAUGUUCUUUAACAACUCAUAUUUCUGUAGCUUUUUAAUGUUUAUAAAGUGUUUUUCUUCUGAGGUACUUCAAUUUGCAGUUUUAUUAGUGAUUUGGAGCAUUGCUUCAUAUGGUUAUUGAUAGUUUGCUCUUUUAUCUGUUAGGGAAUAGUUCUGGUUCUUAAAUGUUUAUAUUAAUUCUUUAUGUAUCUUGGAUAUUAGACAUGGAGAUUUGUAUAUUGCUUUCCUUAUUACUUCUGUAGAUUCGAAGCAAAUAUUCUGACUUCUUUAAGCAUAAACUUCCCUCUGGAUUCAUGGUUUCAUUAUUUGGAAUUUUUCCUCCUUAGUUGCAGUUUACAACCUUACCUUACCUUACUUGAUUUCUGCCUUUGCUGUAAGCUAAAAAAAAAAAAAUCAUCACCUGAUGGCCAAUCCUUUAGUAAAUGAGCCUUUGCACACUUAGUGAGACCUCAAACCAGAGGCACAGAAUUCAAGGACCAGGCUUAUAUGUAAAGCCUUUCCAGCUUGGCAAUAUGUGGAAGUUUUCCACUUCAGCCUUUGAGAACCCUGCUUCAUUGUACUACACAUGAGUAAGAUGAGACAUUGAAAUUGGUAUUUAGUGAAAGAGUUGAACUUUAUCAUGAGAAUAAUCACAUUAGCCCCAAAUUUUCUUCAUUCUGUGAAAAAAAAAAGCAAACAAAUUUUAAUACUCUGGAGUCUUAGCAUAGUUUCUUAUCCUACUUAGUUGCUCAUCAAGUGACCUUGGAAAUGGAGGGUUUUCUGGGUAAUGCUUCCAGAGAUCACUGAAAUUCAUGAAGAAGGAAAACGGUCUUUAUUAUCCCUUACUGUCUUCCCUGCCUGUAUCUCAAGUUAAAAAAAUAGAAAAUUGAUGAUUGGAGAAAUAGUUUAUGUUAAAUAUAAAGUAUUGGAAUGAAAAUUACCUCUGGGAGUAGAGCAGUAGUGAAUUCCUUGACAUAAGCUAGAGCAGGUAAGAUUUAUGCCAGAGAGAUAAGGGGCCAGCUGAUUAGUGUGUUUAAUGGUUAAAACAAAAUAAAAUAAAAACAGCAAUUAUUCCACGGUCUGAAAAGACUUGUACUGGAAUUAAAUGGGAUUGUCCCCAGUACAAACUCCAGAAAUGUGGAGGCAGCAGAUGAACAAACAGUAAAUCAAUCAGUGGUUGCCAACAUACUUACUUGCCUGGCAAUGCUAUUGGUGAUAAAAUUGUUUGAAGAGAAAUGGUGUUUUGGACUGGAUGGCUGACUAUUAGGGUAUAAAUGUCUGGAAGAGAUGCCUAUGCCCUAUCCCUCAAGGCAAGACUAUAUGCCCUAGUUGCUGGAGAUAACUACCUUUUCCAGAGACCUCAAAGAUCUGUUUGUUUGUUUGUUUGUUUUUACUUCUCUGAGGUGCUUCUGGACUCUAAAGGAUAUUGCUAUGCAUAUGCUGCCCCAUGGGCUCCAAAACAGAAUAAAAGACUUGAUUUUCUAGCAAGGCAGUAAAAGGCAGAGUCUAGUAAAAAUAGGUGCAUUAGUCCAGCUCACUCAGGAGACCUGUUUAGAGCUUGAGGCGGUUACUAUAUAACACUAACAUUUAUGUAGUAUUUCUCUGUGGCAUGCCACAACUCUGAAGGAAAUAGUACAAAUAUGAUUAUCCCCAUUUUUGUUGUGUGGAAACAAACUCAAGGUCAGGAUUAGAAUUUGAAUUCAGAUCUGACUUUCCAUUACUUUCUCUCUAUAAAAGGAGUUACCAAUUGCUGUGGUACAGAUGGGGAAAUGAGAGUUCCAUAAGCAGUUGUUGAAAAAUCUGUUUGCUAUACUACUUCUUACCCCCCAAGCUUCCAUAAAGUAUAAUGAAAUUGUAUCCCCCCAAAAAGGUAACAUAUCCAUGGAGAGAUCCAUAAUCUGAAUGAAUGUUCUUUGCUUCCUUUGUUUGAUCCCUACUACAGUUUCUUUUGUCUCUCUUUUGAAUGGAGGUCUUUUUCUUUUCACCGCUACACCUCUUAGAAAAAAUUGUCUAUGCCCGAUAUCUAUUUAUUACCCACUCUUUAAUCCCCAUGUAUUUUACCUUUUUAAAGUGAAGCUGGUGUCUCAAAGGGUACCAGUUUUCUAAUAAUCGCCAAUCCAAUCCCCCUCAACCUCACCCCCAAUUCUCAUCAACACUGAUCAUUCCUCCCUUGGUUUUAGAGGCAACUCCUACCUCUCUGACCCCUUCUCUGUUUCUUCCAGCUCUUUUUUCUCUCCAGAGAAAAUGAUCCCGGAGGGUCAGUGAUCUUCAGGGUUCUGUCUUUGGCCCUCUGUUCUCUCCCUACUUAGCAAAUUCCCUCUUACAGCUUUAACUAUCACAUCUAUGCUGAUGUCUCAUAUUUGUUUAUGUUUCUUGACUUUUGUGCUCCAAACCUACCUCUUCAGUUGGCUAUGUAGAAUAUUUCAUCUGGAUGACCUACACCACUGCAAACUCAAUACAUCCAAAACCCAACUUUGGCUUGCUGUUUUUUUAAUUAUCUUUUAUGAGUGGCAUCCUGGUUUUCCAUGUUUAAAAUCUUAUUUUUUUCUCUUCCCUAGCUCACAUUUCUCAUAAUCAGUUUUAUUGAUUCAACCUCAAUAAUGAAAUAUUAAGAGGUGAUUCAGGUCAAUUCCAAUAGACUUGUGAUGGAGAGCCAUCUGCAUCCAGAGACAGGAUUGUAGAGACUGAAUGUGGAUCACAACAUAGUAUUUUCACCUUUUUUGUUGUUGUUUUUUACUUGCUUGUUUUUUUUCUCAUUUUUUUCUUUUUGAUAACAUUUUUCUUGUGCAGUAUGAUAAAUGUGGAAAUAGCUACAGAAAAAUUGCACAUGUUUAACAUAGGAGAGAGGGAAGAGGGAAAAGGAGGGAGAAAAAUAUGGAACAUAAGGUUUUUCAAGAGUGAAUUUUUUUUGUUUGUUUUUUUGUUUUUUUUUCCUUUUAAAAAUUUUUUAAGUGUUGAAAACUUUUUGUAUGUAUUUUGAAAAUAAAACGCUAUUAUUAAAAAAAUUAAACAUUAAGCACUUAGAAUGUGCUUGACAUUGUGCUAAGCUGUGUAUACAAAAAGGAAAAAGCUAGCCCCUGAUUUUACAGCCACCUCUGCAAAAUAUUUCUCAUUUACCUUCUGCCUUCCCUUUCUUGGCACUACUCUGGUACUAGUUCUCAUCACCCAUCCUCUUGGAGGAUUAUGAUCACCUCACAGACCUUUCCUCCUCCAUUUUUUCUGCUCUUCAGUUGAGUUUUCAUAGCUCAGCCUGAGUGAUCAUUCUUCUUUGAAACUCUACUCAUGUCACUUGUCUGCUCAGAAAUCUUCAGCGACUCAUUAUUGCUUACUCAGUAUGAUUCACACCUCCCUUUUCUUGGCUUUUUCUUGCAUGACUUUCUUCCCUGCAUUAAAAACCUUGGCCAAACUGGAUAGUCCUUUUUCCUGAAAAGAUGCUCCACACUUUUUCACCCCCAUAUAUUGAUUCAUGUGAAACUUGAGAACUUUCACUGGGAAUAUUUUCCCUAAAUUUUCUUGAAAAGCCAGUUCAAAUGCUACUUCCUCGACAAAGACUCUGAUCUCACUCAGAUCUACCUUCCUUCUGAGACCUCAAGCCACAUUUUGGUUCCUGUCUCUUUUCUGGGUCACUGGUCUAAGAAUUCUCCCCUAGGAGGGAUUGGUAAGUACUGGGGGAGGGGGGGAAUGGGCCACUUUUCCCAUGAAGUUGGCAACAGUUUGGUGAUUUUUACUUUAGUUCCACUCAAACUACCUUUAUGACCAGUUGGGAGCUUCUUAGGGCUGAGGACAGCUGGGUGGCACAGUAGAUAGAAUGCCAGGCCUGGAGUCAGGAAAACUCACUCAUAUUCAUGAGUUCAAAUCUGGCCUCAGACACUGUGAUCCUGGGCAAGUCACUUCAUCUUGUUUGCCUUGGUUUCCUUAUCUGUAAAGUGACCUGGAGAAGUAAAUGACAACCAUUCCAGUAUCUCUGCCAAGAAAACCUCAAAAGGGAUCACAAAGAGUUGGACGUGACUGAAAUGACUGAACUGAUUGAAUCAUAGAGUUGUGAAACUGAGGCCCUAAUGGACAGAUAUGAAGUGAAAAACAAGCUUUUCAUAUGCUCUCCUGGCCAAUUCUGCCUUCGAGAUCAAUGAAUUUGUUAAGCUCCCAUCUGCCUAUUGUGAGGAGCUCCUUCACAGAACCAGGAAAGAAGGAGAAACCAUUGAAUGACUUCUUCUGGAAGGUAAUUUUGAGCCUAUCACAUAGAUCUUAAGAAUGAACUCUGAAAUUAUGGCAUUAUGUAAUGUCAAUUCCUGCUAAAAUUAUUGAGUGGAUGAUUAUAAAGGGGUGUUUUGUGGACAUUUAAAAAUGAAGGUGAUUACCAAUAAAUGGAUAAGUUAAAAAAUGAGUUAAUUCCAGAAUAACCUAAUCUCCCUCACCCCUUUUUUUCCCUUAUAAUUAUUAGGCUAGUAGAUGAGAAUAAUACCACAGAUAGAAUAGGAAAGUGGCAAGAUACAGAAGUUAUUUUUAUCGCUGAAUUCUUCAGUUUUGCUCAUGGACAUAAAGUAUGUUUAAAUUUCAUCAAGGCUUUUGACAAAAAUCUCAUUUCCUAAUCAUUCCCAGGACAUGAUGAAGAUUUUCAGAAUAAAUGAUAAUACAAUUAGAUGCAUUCAGAACUAGUUGAUUAGAAGUAGAGUGUUGAUUAAUGAAUUGGUGCUAACCAAUUAGGUAGGUCUCUAGUGAAGACUAUCCUUGUUUCUAUUGUGACUCAUUCUCAGUGACUUAGAUGGAGACAUACAUAUAGCAUGCUUACAAAAUUUUGGAUGGCCUAAAGACAGGAAUGCUAGUUUGCAAAAUUAGGAUCUAGGAAUAUCUCAGGAGACUGGACUAGUGGGACAACUCUAGAAGACCAAGCAGUAAAGAUUCAAAAUGUUACACAUUUAAAUAUAAAAUAGUAGACAUGGCUAGAUGACAAAUCACGGUAGAAAAACGUUGGAAUCUUUGUGUACUUAAGAGUUGAUAAUGAGUCACUGUGAUGUGGCAGCCAAAAGAAUAAUUCAUUUUAAAAUUGCAUUAAUAGAAAUACAGAGUUCAAAAUGUGGGGAGUACUAGUUUCAUUGAAUUUUGCCCUAAACUGAAGCUACAGCAUAGUGUCCAAUUUUAGGUACCACAUUAAAGGCAAGAUACAGUCUAACUAUAAGUGAUCAGAAUCCUGAGGGGACUGAAAUCUUACUGUCUUGAGAUUAGCAGAAGGGUCUUUUAUCUUGAAAAGAAGACUAAGGGAUAAUAGAUUUCAGCUGUUUGAGAGAUACAAAAAAUCCAUUCAAUUUGUCCUAUUGACUCCAGAAAGCAUAUAGUUCCAACCAAUAAUUGAAAAUUAUAGAGAAGCAAAUUUCAGCUUAAUAUAAAGACAAGCUUCCUAACAAAUUUAAGUGAGGUAGUGAGUUCUUAAGUAGUUUUAAGUAGAAGCUUAAUAUUCAUUUUUACAGAAUAUUAUAGAAAAGAUUUUUCUUUUGCCCAGGUGUUAUGCUAAAAUGAACUCUGCAUUCCCUUUAAACUGCAAUUCUAUAAUUAAAGGAAUCUGUACUUUUUAUCUGUUAAAUAGCUAUAAGUGGUUCUUGGGACAGAUUGUUUGUGGUAGGGAAAAAUCUAUAGGUUUCUCAUUCCAGGUUCAAUUUCAGAAGCAGAGAUUGGACCUUAAAUUUUUGCAUUUUAGAUCUUUUAUUUUCACACUGUACUGAGCAAGUCUUUUUCAAUCUGGCUCUUCUUGCCUUGCCUAGAUGCUCUGAUAGUUGGGCCAGGCUCAAUCCUUUAGGCAGGGAGGUUCCCUGCCUUAUAAGCAAGAGGAUCUUUAUCUUAUUCUGACCCAUUUCUUUCUCAGAGGUAUAGCUUCCUGUGCAGAUCAACUGGUUUGAAGAACUGUAACAGUCAAAUCAAAAAACAAAAAACAACAUAAAAACCUGAAGCUUAUGGGCCUCUCUGAUCUUUAAAGAUUACUUAUGGGUGUUGGACGCUGGGCUCCCUCUUCUGCCCAACAUCUUACCUUGCCAUUUUCUAGAUAUUCAUUUGCCAUUUUUAUACAUCUUAUUUAAUUCACUGACCAAUACCUAUGCCAUCUCCCUGCUUGUGAUAGGAUAGGAAAUCAUAUGUCGCUGAUGGAGAAUAUUCUCUAUGCAACUCCAAACAUUUGGCUGCCUCAGUGAGUUGCCCUAAUGUAAAAGUGGAUUUAAUUCAGAAAUGAUAUAGUGACAGCUGCAUGGACAAGGUGUGAUAGCUCCAUGAAACUGAGUGUACUAAGGUGUGAGAAUAACUUCUCUGAAGGCCAUCACUGACCUCUUUACCACUUCUUUCAUAGCUUAAGAACCAUUUCACCAAGUGUGUUGGCAAUUGAUACCCAGUUAUAUCAACUGUUGCUAACCCAUCCUUCAUACUCUGGGGCCCCAUCCAGAAUCUAGAUCUAGUUGCAUCUAAUAAAUGAAAACUACUUGUAUCCUUUACCCAGAACCCUUCUUCCUACACUACAUGUGCUCCAAGAUAUUUGUAUUAGAACUUGAGCUUCCCCUUGUGUGAAUUAAAAUGCUCCAUUAAUAAAAGAACUAUUUUAUACCUAA